AUGCUUAAGAAUUUGAACAGAGAAUCACAAAACUCUGAAAACAGGGUCUCUGUUGAGGAUCAGCUAAAAGCGGCCAUUGGAGUGAUGUUAGUGUCGACCAACUGGUCAUCAAACGCGUUACUUUGCCGCAAAGUGCACAAACCGGUCAUGAUCAAGUUUUUAUCAGAUUUAACGUGGACUGUUCUAUGCCAUUACUUCACUGCCGAGGAUGACCUGAACCCUAGAUGUGUCGCACUAUUAGCCAAAAAGAUGGCUAAAAUGCAUUCACUAGACGUACCCAUAGCUAAGGACAGCCACCAAUUCCUUAUGAAAAACUAUUGGGAUUUGUUUGCGGCGCCUGUAUUCGAGUCCUACAAAAAGGGACACAUCUAUGAAGAGAUCCAAAGACACAAAUUGCAGACAUUUAUGGAAAUGGAUUUAUGCGAUGAGAUGUCGUGGGCUAUGGAGGUGUCGGUGGGUUUGGGAGGGCCGGUAGUCUUCACGCACAACGAUCUCAUGCGUCGCAAUAUAUUAGUCCGCAAUACGUGUCAUAAAAAUGCCGACGAUUUGGAUGUCUUUAUAGUGGACUACGACUGGAGUUGUUAUAUGUUUAGGGGCGCAGACUUUGCCGACUAUUUCAUCGACUGGUGUCAACCGGAACUGGAUUUCGGUGGCAAUGACUUCCCGACCGAUCAACAG